UCUAAUCCCAUCAUUAAAAAAAACAAAAAACCUAAUCCAGUAACUUUUUUUUUAAAAUAAGUAUUUUUCAGAAAUUAAAUCCCUCCUCCCACACCUUCGGCAAAGCCUCCAAAAAUAUUCUCAUAAACCCCUCCACCCCUUGAUUAUAUAUUUAUUACAAUUCUGCCUUCCCGUCCCUUCUCUCCAUAUUUUCCUUUUUCUCUUUCUAUUCCCGAAAUACCCUUCCAUCGUCCCCUAAAUUACCUUCUCUCAUUGCUGCGUCGGGUGUCGGAUUCAAUCGGGAAUCAGAACAUAUCUCCGAAGACAUCUCUCCUUCCGUUCUUCUAGAAUAUUCUGAUCCAAUGGAGCUGAAAGUUUCAUCACCUAAACUUGCUGGUGGUUCUCUUCCUGAUUGCAUCAGUGAUCCAGAGGAGAAAGAGGUCAGUGAUGAUGAUGAUGAUGAUCGCAACCAUAAGCAUCGCAGGCGAGAUAGACAUCCUCAAUCAUUAGAGAGAGAUUCUAUGGACCCACUAUUUACAAGACCAUACAGAAAGCACAAGAAACCUUUUGAAACUGGGCAUCCAGUCAGAGAAAAUGAAUCUUUAGCAGGUGAAGCCUGGAAAAAUUCUAAUGGUUUGCCUCCAAAAACUGACUUGACAUCUAAGUUUGAUAGAAAACACCCUGGAUUUGCAUCACUUCCUCGAGGAGAUUUGGAUCUGAACCAGAGAAUUAGGUCAAACCAAACAUUCAACAGAGAUUCUGGUCCUGGUAGGGGAAGAGGAAGGGAUAACUCUUCUUGGAAUCAACAUGAUUCUAGGUUCAACUUUGUUGAUAUUGCUUCUCAAAUGGUUCAGCCAGGUUCUGUUGCUCCAGGUCUCUUCGCAAGAAGGAGAUUACAAAAUGUUUCAAUUGCACAAAGCCCAUCAUGGAGCACCUUUGGGCUUGUGCCAGGAAUACCUAAUGGUAGCCUAGAUACACUUCAUCCUCUUGGUUUACAAGGGGUUCUCAGGCCACUGACAAAUUCUUCGUUGAAUAGGUGCAUUCCUCGCCAAUGUUGUAGAGACUUUGAGGAGCGUGGAUUUUGUCUAAGAGGAGAUAUGUGCCCAAUGGAGCAUGGUGUCAAUCGUAUUGUUGUUGAAGAUGUUCAGUUUAACCUUCCUGCUGCAGUUCCAACUGCAAAAUUAUUGCCAACACCUGCUGGACCUGGAGCACUACCUUCAGGUGUUCCUCCUUCAACCACUUUGAUGAACAGCAAGGAUCUACACAGCAAAAGCUGCAAGCCUGGAAUGACUGAGGAAGCCUUAGGUAUGAAUGAUACUUGUUCUACCAGUGCAAGUGGUGCUGAUUUGUAUGAUCCUGAUCAACCCUUGUGGAAUAACAAUGGCCUGGAAGCAUCAGCUGCACUCUCAGGACUACAUUCACCCACGAUUGAUGAAACAGAAUCCUCGCUAAAUGAUGAUAUCUUUGAUCAUCAUCAUGGUGUCGGUUCAAGUUCGAUUACUAAAUAAAGAGCUUGUCAUGAAGAACAAAUUUUUUAAUAAAGUAGAGGAUAAUAUGGCUGUCUGUAUAUGGUCGAAGAAAACGUAAUUGGAAAAGGGAGAUAGCUUGAUAGUGGGGUAUAUGUCAGAGUUAUGGGACUUUACUUGUAUUAGCGUGACACAGAAUGAUCUUCGGGAAUUGAAAGAAAUGUGAGCCCAAUGGGGUGAUGAAGUCAAACAGCUAUUUUACGACAUUACGGUGAUUUACUCUACUUGACAUCAAGAUAGAUAAGCAUCUAUUUUGGGCUUUGGCCCAAUUUUGAAAUUCGGCCUACAAUUGUUUCACCUUAAAGAACGUAGAUUUGGUGCCCACAGUGGAAAAAUAUACCAUCCUAUUUUGAUGCCCAAGGUUUCAAGUUUACAAGAGCUAUUCUAAAGCCGCUAAUGUUUUGACCUUUAUAAAAAAAUUGAUCAAUAUCACUGAAAUUAGUGAGCAGUGGGUUACGGUUAGGAUCAAACAGAAAGGAAAAAGCAAAUGUAUCCUCUCAAAAAGUUUGCGAGACUUGAUUUUGGCACACCCAAACGUGAAAAAGAGGGUGGAUGUUUUUACUUUAAGUAUCUACGUGUUAGUGGUUUUCCCUGAGGCAUUGGAGCAUGUAGAUGAAAUAGUUUCUGAUCUGUUUAACCGACUGGAUAAGAGAAUUACGUCGAUUCUUGCGAUUUUAGCCGAAACAUUUAGGUCCUUCAAUGCGUGUCGAAGAGCUAGUGAAGGUCGAUUUAUAGGAUGUGCGCAAUUGCUACUAGUUUGGUUUCAUAGCCAUUUCUGAAAGGUAAAUAAGGUGUCAUAUCGGGUGUUUUCUAAGAAUUACUUACCAUUAAAGGAAAUAGUUUCUACACUAAGACUGGAUAACAUAUUAGAGGAAAGAUAGAUGGCAAUCCUCUAAAAUCUUCAAGAAGAGGAUGUCGAGUGGAGAGCCCUUUAGUUGGUUUCCGACGAGAUCUUAUACCGAUAUGGGGAUUUUAACUGGGUCCCCCUACUUGGGAUUUGUGAAGCCGUAGGAUAUGCUCUUUUGCUCGUGUUGAGGCAGGACCGAUCCAGACAGUUCAUACCAACAACUUAUGGGCUAGCUUAGUGCGAGUUUUCGUAUAAAGGGAAUAAUUGUAGGAAGAAGGUACGAGAGAUGUCCAACGUUUGAAAUCAGACUCGCCGGAUAAAGAGAUUGACAGUAGGUUCGAUAAUAACCCCCAAGUAUAAUAGUUGGCAGAGUAAGAGAAUCAAUGACAAUAUUCCCGAGCCAAAUCAAUAAGGCGUAGGUCGAUGGAAAAAUAUCUAAAAGUGGUCUUAUUCGAGUUAGAAAUUAUAAAGCAUGACUUUUAGAGAAUGAAUACAGAACUCGGAAAGAAGAUAUAACAACUAAAAGAGGAAAAGAUACAUUUGAGGCUAAAUAUCGAUGUUUAGAAGUUAGAGACCGAGAAAUAGAGAAAAUGAAAGAAUAAGGCUGAGGAAGAUUUAAAUAGUCUAAAAACGGAUUAUAAGAAAUUGCGCCUAUCGAUGAGAACUGCUGGAUUGGGAAAAAUGUCUGAAUAAUGGUGACACGAGAUUCAAGAAGAGAAGGCCAAAACCAAUCGAUUGGAGAGAAAAUACCAAGACGCUUAGGGUAAAAAAUAAGCCUUAGAAAAUAGUUUUUCGGAAGCCCAAAACGAGAAGUUUUGGUUAAUAACCAGAAUAGCGAAAUUAUAAAAAUCGCUUCAUCAGCAUUGUAGUCGUAACUCUGCAAUGGAGCUGAAGGCGAGCUUGGAUAAGAUUAAAUAGCUGAAAAGGAAAGUCGAAGAACUCGAGAUUACGUUACAAAACAGUGAGCCUUGGGUUGAACUCCUUGAAGCAAGUAAUGAGCGGUGUAAUAAGUAACUUUAUCAAUCUCAAGGUCUAAUUAGGGACAGAGAUUAUAUUAUGCGUGAGGCUGUAGCUCAGAUUCAGGAGGUAGCUGACCAUUUACAGAUUUUAGUAGUUGAAACAGAUGUAUUGAGUGUGAAAUAUGAAUUAGAAUCAGACCGAGGUCAGGAAUUGGCUUGGUUGCUUAGGAAAAUUAAAACUUUGAGCAUUAAUGCUAAGCCGUAUCUGUAAUCCAUUUUUAUGUAAAGAAUAUUAUUUUCUAGUAAAGUUCUAAAUUAAAUUGAA